AAUGUUAUGUGGAGUUCUCGAAUGUUUUGAUUUUAUCUGUUUACUGUGUGCAAUAGAAGUUCCAAAUACAUCCAGAGAGAGAGUGAGAGUAGUGCAGUCGCAAGAUCUCUGGCUGUGCACGUUAUUUAUGAUAUUUGCCACUAACGAUCACAAAUAAAUCACAAAGAUGUGAUUGCUAUUGAAAAUUACACUUACACACACAUAUACACAUCUUAUACAACUACACCGAAAAAAACACGCAAAAAUCGACAACAAAGCGAACAGAAAUUAUUAUUUCUUUUGAAUUCUCUUGAAUUCAUGAUUGGCAUCAAAAACCAAUCAGUAAUACACACUUCGUAGUACAAUUCGGCACAGAUUCGGUGGACUAUAGUCAGUGUGGAGUAUCCAACUAUCCGAAAUUGAAGUUAAAAAAAAAAACGAAUUUAAGCAAGUCGAACGAGAUAAAAGUGUGUAAUGGAAUUGAAAGUCUGGGUCGAGGGCAUACAGCGAAUUGUUUGUGGCGUUACGGAAACUACAACAUGUCAAGAUGUUGUGUUUGCAUUGGCUCAUGCAACCGGUAAAAUUGGACGAUUUACAUUGAUCGAACGAUGGCGGAACAAUGAACGAAAUUUGGCACCACACGAAAAUCCAUUGAAGAUAUUGAUGAAAUGGGGUGAAUAUUCGAGUGAUGUGCAAUUCAUAUUGCAGCGUUCAGAUCAGCCGAAAAACGGGAAUAGUCCAGAUCAGGCGGCAAAAAAUCCAGCCUCAUCGCCACAAGCAACCGAAUCACCGAAGAAAGCAAAAUCAACAUUCGAUCAACCCAUAAACACCGAUCAACUGUCAUCAUUGCCAUUGGACGAACCAAAUACCGUUCAAAGCUUAACACCCGAAAGUAUUACAACGAACGAGCAUCGCAGAACUGAUUUGAUUGGAAUUGUUAAAGGAGUACCACAUACAACGAUGCAAAAUUUGACUAAAAUAUCGCCACCACUCUCGCCAUGUUCGUCCACAACCGGAACAUCGAUUACAACGACCAGUGAUUUCGCUGACAUUGACUAUGCGUCGAAACCAUUGCAAAAUCUGGUAAAAUCACCAAUUUUACAAUUUAAUUCGGCCGAUGUGCGCAAUUCAUUGGACCGAAAAACGAGCGCAUUCCGUGAAAUGGUUAAUUUAAAUGAUGACCGUACUCAACAUUCCCAUCGAAAUAAUAACAAUAACAGUACCAAUAUAAGUACCACCAGUAGCAUGAGUGAAAAUUUGGAUAGUACAACUGAGUCGUAUAAAAAUGGUCCACAGAUUAGCACCACCGGAGCAUUAGCACCACCGCCAUAUCGAAAUCCACCGUCACCAAAAACCAACUCACCGCUGUUGCAUCAGUACAACAAUCUAUUGAUACAUCAUCAAAAAACAGACAGUCAAAGCAGUAAUACAACUAAUAACAGCGGCAAAUUAAUUGAUUUUACAAGCAAUAAAGCAUCUCAUUUUAUGAAAGAACAAUCACCAUCACCCACGGCCACAUUGAAUGCCCAACAAUUUGUAUCAAAUCGUCAAUCAUCGCCAAAUAUUCAUAUAAAUGCGUUGAGCAAUUUACAGGCGAUUGUGAAUAGUGCGACAAGUGAUAAAGAUCUUUUGAAUGAUAAUCAAUUCCAGAAUGCACAGUACAGAGAAUUAUUGCAAUUGAUUCAUUUGCAACGGGAGAAAAUCAGCAAUCAACAAACCGAUAUUUCAAAGUACGAUGCAGAGAUUAUCUAUUUAGAGAACAAAGAGCGAGACCAAAUACAGCAAUUAGAUGCCAUUACGCGUGAGAUCACCAAAACGGAUCAACUAUUUCGUCAGAGCAGCGAACAAUUGCAAACACUUCAAUAUGUCGAAGAGGAAAACAAACUGGUUCGGCAACAGGAAAAAACUUUAAAAUCCGAGAUAACAUUGUUGAGAUCGAAAUUGGCCAAUUGUGAAACGGAAUUGUUACAGUGCAAGAAUAAGAUUCGUUUACUAAUGGAUGACAUUCAAAUUGAACAAUCGUCGCUCAAGUACGAAGGUCAGCGGCAACAAUUCGAAAUCAAUUUGUUGCACGAGGUGGAACGUAUUCAAAACGAGAUCGACAUAGCCGCACGAAGUGCAGAUUCAACCAGCAAAAUAAGUGAUAGUCUCAAAAAUGAGGUAACUGUAAUUGAAACAGCAAUUGCUGAGAAAAAAAGUUUUUUGGAAAAAUUGAUCAACGAAAUGAAAGAGGUGAAUUUGCAAAGUUUAACUGUUGCAUCUACCGAGGAGAUUCGCAAUUUACUGGAGGGAUCACAUCGACCAGGCAGUACACGCCGAAUAAUGGGCUCACCGAGACAAUUAGAUGGACACCCACAUGGCGUCUGGGUUUAAAAUCAAUCAAUCAUUUACUUCAACAACAAAAAAUAUUUCAAUUUUUCGACAAUUUUUCCAUCGGCCUAUCGCUAGAUUUUUGAAGUCUUAUUAGUAAAAUUGAAAUUCUUACCUAAAACAAAAUAAAUCACACAAUUAACUCUAAUCAAACAUCUCAUCAAAUAUACAACACAUAUCAUACACACGUACACAAUACACACAUGAAUACACAUCAUCAACACUUGACCACAUCAUAUCGCAAAGAACCAAUUUAAUUGAAUAAUAAUAUAACUUAAUAGCAUUUAUUUUUCCAUUUGAAAUUUGAGAAAAAAAAUCUUAGAAUUUCAAAUAUAUUUCCAAGCAAUCUCGCUUGAUACGAAAAACACUUAUUUAUGACAAAAGAAAAUCCUAUUUAAAAUCGAAUGAGAUAUAUACGUAACUAGAGAAAAGACAGAUUUUGAAGAAAGAUAUAACCUAAAGUAUUUGGAAUUCAAUGAACAUUCAGACAUUCCAUAUUUAAUGAGAUUUUUAGAAUUUAACGAACAAACUCAUGUAUUUCGCAUUUUUUCCAUAUCAUACAAACUACGACUCACUGUUAGAAGCUUAAAAUAGCAAUCUUUUUAUUAAAAUAUUUAUGCAAAAAAAGUAGAAUUUAUGAAUGGCACGCAGAUGAAUAAUGGCCACCGCCAACCGUCAGUCAACACAAGCAUAUUAAAAUUUAAUAGAAAUAAUUCAAAGGAAAGGAAUUUAAUUGCAGGAACCACUUCAGUAUCUACUUUCAUUUAGCACUCGAUUCGAAAAUGUCAGUACAAAAAAUGCUUGGACUUAAUCGAAAAGAAAAGAAUUCAUGCAAUAUUUUAUUAGUUUUACACAAUUUACAAGCUAUUUUAUUUCUCCCGAUAGUUAGUUAUAAAUAUAUAUUGUAGGUGACAUCAAUCGAUCGGAAUAAUUUUAAUUUUCUACACGAUUUAAGGAUUUGAUCAAGUUAUUUUGUAAUUUUUUUAUUCGUUCUUCUGGUACUUGUAUUCAAUUAGCUCAUUCGGCUGUAGUUGAAUGCAAGUAGCUGAAUGUGUUCUUUUUAUUUGAAUUUGAUGCACAUUUUAUUUAGGUUAUUCUAUGAGCACGGAGGUGUUGCGUAAGUUUUCAAAGUGAUUGAAAGGAGAUUAUCAAAUUCUAGUCGAGGAAAUGUACUGCAAACAAACGCCAUUUUUUAGAUUUAUUUCAUAUUUUAAAAAAGAUCCUCGAUUUGAAAUCUUGUUUCUCCUAACGAGACGAAAUUAACUUUGUUUGAACAGAACACUUUUUUUGUUUAUGUUCCAAAUUUUUUCGAAUUGCUCCAAUCGGCAAUGUUUUAUUUCAAAAUUAUUUUUGCGCGUUUUCAGGUAAUUUUUGCCUCGAAAGUGUGCAGUCAAUUAAACAUUCCAUUUAUUGAAUCGAUUUGUAUAUUUUUCCUAGUAUUAAAUUAGAA